UCGACUCGUGCUGAAGAAAGGUGCGAAGCCAACUAUUUUCAACAGACCACGGCCAUGCUUAAGUGCAAGUUCGACAAGUUCAGAGCACCCCACACCCUCCACAAGUGGACAGACUGUGCACAUGAGGUCUGCAUUUGCCAAAAGGGAAAGGAAGAGGACAAUAGAUCAGAUCAUGGCCAGUACGACUACGGCAUCAGUGGCGGAUGCGGUGGAUGAACCAAUGGCAAUGGCACUAGAUUUGCCUGAUGAGGAGGGCAAUCAAGAUCAGGGAAAUACAAGAGAACAAGGAUGCCAGACGGACUGGGUACCGAUUGGGAGAGCACCAACAGCAAUGACCAGUAGCAAGAGCACCCAAACAGGGAAAAUACAUCAUAGAUCAAAGGGACACCAGGUGACCCCAGAGAUCCUCGAGAGGGUUAGAGCUCGGCUGGCCAGGGUUAGUGAAGUCCCAUCGUCAAGUGUAGCAGCUCCAUCUGACAGCCCCGAGAUGCAGACUAACAUAGCAACUCCAGGUGCUCCUGCAUUGUUUGAUGUAGGACCAGCAUCAAGUCCCACUGCGCCUUUUGUUAGUGGUUCUUCCGAUGACAGCUAUGUGCCGAGUGAGUCAUCGACAUCGGAUCCGUGUCAAUCUGACGGGUCGCCAGAUCGCCCACGUACUCACCAGAUGCGUGAAGAGGGCUGCCACAAGGAACCGAAGUACAUCAUCUUUGAGUCGUGCCUCCAGAGUCUCGUCAAGUGGUGUCACCGUCCAGUCUGUGGCAGCCAGGACAUAAGCCCUUCUUGGGAUUCAAACGGUACACAGCUGACCAUGACUCUUCAAUGUGCAUCAUGUGACCAGAGGAGUAGUUGGAGCAGCCAGCCAAACAUUGGCCCUUAUGCCGCGGGCAACAUCCUGCUAUCUGCUGGCAUCCUCUUCGCUGGCGCAUCUUCUGGAAAGGUGUUGCAAGUGCUGAACAGCAUUGGAGUGGUCACGUAUGUGAAGAGGACAUUUUUCAACCACCAGGAGCUCAUCCUGCAGCCAGCCAUCAAAAAGGUGUGGGAGGAACAGCAACGGACGCACCUCACCAUGCUGCAAGUGGAAGGCCGACCCCUCGUCCUUGGUGGUGAUGGGUGAGCAGACAGUCCGGGACACAGUGCCAAGUUUGGUACCUACACCACAAUGGAGCUUGUGGCCAAUGUGGUUCUCGACCUUCAGGUUGUACAGAGCAACGAAUGUCUUGGCAGCUACCAUAUGGAGAUGGAAGGACUGAAGAGGAUGGUGGAGCUGCUGAUCAGCUGGGACCUGGAUGUCGGGGUGCUGGUGACAGACCGACACAGACAGAUCGCUAAAUGGAUUCGCGAAAA